AUGGUCUCCCCAGAUUUGGAUCUGGAUGUCGCCCCCAUCCCCCGUUCCCGGGAGGAGAAUCAAGAAAGAGCAUUUAUUGCGGCGUCUCGACGGAAAGACCGAAGCUUAGAUGCUCGUCUGGAAUCCGCCAACCGUGCCUCGAUGCUGCACAAGAAGCGCACAGGCAAAGCUCUGCUCAUCACCAAGGAGAUCGUGGAACGGGAAGCAAUGUACGAGGAAGUCGACGAGCGCUAUCAGGAGAAACGUAUCCGCAUGCUUCAGGCCCAGAAUAUGCAGAUCGAAGAGCAGCUGAACCGACAACUGCUGGCGGCGCUGGCUGUCCGCAGCAACGGCAUCCAACAACGCCGAGCGGCCAAUACGAAUAUCCGGGGCCCAAUGGAUGGAGUUCGCAAGAUGAGCCUGGACCUUUCGAGUCUCCGCUCAUCCUUCUCCGAGGGCACGUCGACGGGCGCCAUGACCAGCCCCAUGGUCAUGGACCAGACCUACAUGCUGUCCCCUUCGUAUGAUGGCAGCUCUCAGUCAUCCUACCUGGCGUCGGAUGGGUCGUAUCCCGAGGUGGUCCCCGCUUCCUCAUCGGCUCACGUCCCAUCCUACGUUGCCCAGCACACCCCCACAUGGCCCAAUCCCGCUGUCGGUGCGCAGCGUGUUCGCCCAUCCUGGGCCGGGUUCAAUCCUCAGCAAUAUCCGGAGCAGCUUCAACGGCACUCUCAGUUCUGGGGUGGGGCGCCAGUGCAGCAGUUCCGAGAUCGCCUGGCGUCGGCGCCGGAAAUUUCCAUGCAUGGCUUGCCGGCAGCGGUGCCUUCUUCGACGCCGGCAACGAAUCCCACCCUGGCUGCCACUCCGGGAUCCACGUCCCAUCACAUUCGAGUUCGCUCCGAAUCCAGCCAGCAGCCGCUCAGUCUCGCGGGAUUUUCUCUUUCGGGGUCUAGCUCGCCCAAGAUGUUCUCCACGGAGAGUCUGUCAACGCCUGAUCUCUGUCCGACCCCGAGUACGCCCCACUCGCCCACCUCCACGGGCCAGGAAGGCAAUGCUCUGGAUCUGGAGUCGUUGAACAAGGAACCCGAGGUGGCAUUCUCGCAGGACGAACUGGACCCGGACUACGAUGAAUUCAGCCGGUUUGCCUGGGGCCUGGGCAGUAAUGGGCCGAUGCAGGACCGGGAGACGCUUGGGUUUGAUGAUUACGUCGCAUUGGAUGAAUUUGCUGCCCCAGCGUGA